AUGUCUACAUCAACAUCAUCUGCUGGAAAGAAGUUCAACACUGAGUUGACCGACUACUCAGUCGCUCACGAGGAUAAGUCUGGCCCAUAUGCUGAGAAUCUCGAGGUUGAUGCGCUAGUUGUCGGCGCUGGCUUUGCUGGAAUCUUUAUGCUAAAGACUCUUCGCGAUCGCGGCAACAAGACCGUCAUCUUCGAAGCUGGAAACGAUCUCGGCGGUACUUGGCGAUGGAACUGCUACCCUGGAGCUGGGGUGGACUCGGAGGUUCCGGAAUACGAGUUCUCCUGGCCAGAAGUCUGGAAGACGUGGAAUUGGACAUCCAACUACCCAAACUACCAGGAUCUCCGAGCUUACUUUGAUCACGUUGAUAAGGUGAUUGGUGUCAAGAAAGACUGCGCCUUCAACACGGUCGUGAUUGGAGCCAAUUUCGACACGGCUACUGGCAAAUGGUCUGUGCGGACUGCAGAUGGCAGAGUCACCAAGGCGAAAUUCCUUAUUCUUGGGACUGGGUUUGCCGCCAGACGCUAUAUCCCGGACUGGCCGGGUAUGGACAAAUUCAAGGGCGUCAUCCAUCACUCGUCGUUUUGGCCAGACGAGGAAGUGGACGUGGCAAACAAACGCUGCGCCAUCAUCGGCACGGGUGCUUCAGGUGUGCAGAUCAUGCAAGCCUGGGGACCAAAAGCAGGUCAAGUCAAAGUCUUUCAACGUACGCCCAACCUCGCCGUUCCCAUGCGGAAAAGGCCACUAGCCACUGAGGACCAGGAACGGAACAAGGAGCUGUAUCCCCACCUCUUCAAGUUGCGGGAAACGAGCUUUGCCGGAUUUCCCUACGAUUGGUAUGAAAAGAACACCCUCGACGACACUCCAGAAGAAAGGGAAAGAUUCUACGAGAGUGUCUGGAAGGAUGGUGGGUUCAGGUACUGGGUAGCAGUGUACAAGGACAAUCUCUUCAACGCCGAAGCCAAUCAGGAGUCCUACAAUUUUUGGGCGCGAAAGACGCGCGCACGUAUCGAGGACCCAAGAAAAAGGGACAUUCUUGCCCCAGAGAAGAUGCCACAUUUCUUUGGCAUCAAGCGGCCAUGCCUCGAGUACAACUACUAUGAGCAGUUCAACCGACCCACUGUGGACGUUGUCGACAUCAAGGACAAUGCCAUCAAGGAUUUUACCGAGACGGGAAUCACCUUGGCUGAUGGAACGCACCAUGAGUUUGAUGUAAUUGCUGUUGCGACAGGAUUUGAUGUCGUCACUGGAGUCAUGACACAGCUUGGCCUGGAGAGCAUCCACGACACCAAGCUGGAAGAAGAAUGGAUCACGGGAGCAAACACCUACCUCGGCACGAGCGUGAGCGGCUAUCCCAACAUGUUCCACAUUUACGGCCCGCACGGCCCAACUCUUCUCAGCAACGGACCGUCCAGCGUCGAGAUCCAAGGCAGAUGGAUUGCCGAUCUAGUCGACAAGGUGAACCGGCAGGACAUCAAGUAUGUCAACCCCAAACGCGAAGCCGCCGAGGAAUGGAAGAAGCACAUCUUGGAUUUGAACAACAAGUCCUUGUUCCCCACGACUAGAUCCACGUACAUGGGUGGUAGCAUCCCAGGCAAGAUUUAUGAGCCCGUUUGCUACACGGGCGGUAUUCCGAGGUACAAGAAGGAGAUUAGAGAGGCCUUGGACAACAUGACUGGUUUUGAAAUUGUAGCGAAUUGA